UGCGCUGCCGCUGCCGCUGGGAGCUGAGCUGCGCCGAGCCGAGCCGAGCCCAGGCAGCCGCCGGUCCCACUCCGUCGCCAUCGCCAUGAGCUUCUUGUUUGGGAGUCGCUCUUCCAAAACCUUCAAACCAAAGAAGAAUAUUCCAGAGGGGUCUCACCAGUACGAGCUGCUAAAGCAUGCAGAAGCUACGUUGGGAAGUGGUAAUCUCCGGAUGGCCGUUAUGCUUCCAGAGGGUGAAGACUUAAAUGAAUGGGUUGCAGUGAACACUGUCGACUUCUUCAACCAGAUCAAUAUGCUGUACGGAACCAUUACAGACUUCUGCACGGAGGAGAGCUGCCCUGUGAUGUCUGCUGGCCCAAAAUAUGAGUACCACUGGGCAGAUGGGACCAACAUAAAGAAACCAAUUAAGUGCUCUGCACCAAAGUACAUUGAUUACCUGAUGACUUGGGUCCAGGAUCAGCUGGAUGAUGAAACACUAUUUCCUUCUAAAAUAGGUGUACCAUUCCCAAAGAAUUUCAUGUCAGUGGCAAAGACAAUUUUAAAGCGGCUCUUCAGAGUUUAUGCUCACAUUUAUCACCAGCACUUUGAUCCAGUGAUCCAGCUACAAGAAGAGGCACACCUCAACACUUCUUUCAAGCACUUUAUAUUUUUUGUUCAGGAAUUCAACCUUAUUGACAGAAGAGAACUUGCACCUCUUCAAGAACUGAUUGAAAAACUCACCUCUAAGGACAGAUAAAAGGAAAAGGAUUUCUUGAAAUCACUUUUUUUUUUAAGCAAGCGUGUGGUAUUUGGUUUUUGUUCAUUUGUUUUUUUUAAAGAACAAAACAACCCCCUGAGCUGUUACUUCAAACAGCCAAAUCCACUUUCUGUGCUUUUCUUAGGGGAAAUCUUUUCUCUGUUAGUGACACGUGGUAAACAGCUUUUUUAAAAAAGAAUCUUAUUUUUCAUCAUUAUUAUUCAUUGUGGAAUUUUAGCAGGUGCUGAGUGUUUGUAAAGGAAAUGUGCUUGGUUAGGGGAUUGACUCUGCUGGUGGAUGGGUUCUGUAUUGUGUCAGUGGUAGCCCAUUCUUAUGAAGUCCCUAAAAGACUUGCUUACAUUCUCUAAGUGCCUUGGCAGACUCACUUCUGAGGUGCAAAGCACAUACAAUACUGAACAUUGCUGGAAACAGAAAAUACAAACUAACACCCAGGACACUUACUUGUUUUAGGAAAAAAUAUAUAUGCUUACACUAAAAAAAAAAGCCAUAACUUGCUGAAAUCAGUGAUCUCCAGCUUUUAAUACAAAUAUCUGUCUUAUUUUUUUAGAGAUUAAUAUAAAAUUUUUCAGAAGUAGAUAUUUCUUAUAAAGAAAAGCAGUGGUGGAGUUUUGGUUGCUAAAGCAGAGCGAUGAAGGUGUGUCAAAAUAACAACUUGUGCUUAGCAAGUAGUUACGUGUCUGUUGCCAUUGGUUUGGGCUUUUCAUAGUUGCUUUUAUUUUUUUAACAGGGGAGCAUCCACUGGGGUCUGUCACUUUGGUGAAGGUUCCUCGCAUUUGCCAAAUGAACAGUUAGUUUGCACAAAUAUAGUUAGGAAAAAUAGUUAAUAUUAAACAAAAAGUGCACUGGGGUAAUAGUAAGUAAGAUAUGGCUUGAAAAAUAAUUAGUGAAGUAAUGAUUUUAAGUUAAGAACAAAAAGCCUGGUUUAAGAACAAAAACCUGUCAGUUAAGAAUAAAAAGCUCCCUGGGGGAGCUCUGGUGGCCAGUGUUUUCUGUGGUAGAUGUUUCUUGGAGGAAAUACAAUUCCGUGGACCACUUUGGAUUUACAUUGGCAUGAUGGUGUUCUCCUCCACUUAAAAUUGCAGCCUGUCUCCGAGGAAGAACAGCAGUUGGGAAAAGCAAUAGGAAUGUACUGGUGAAUUGUCAGUGCUUUGUCAUUGGUGAAGUGCAUCUUCUGGUUCUGAGAAAACCAAAUCAAAAUGUGGCCUUCCCCCACUCAGUUCAUGUCUUUGCCUCUCCAGCCUUAUGUUUUCUCAAACCAAAUAUGGGAACGACCUGGGAGAAGUUGACCUCCAGAAUGGUCCGCAGGCAGUGACUUGGGGAUUGCUGCUGGAGCUCUAUCAUCAGUCAGGUUUCUCAUUGCAGAAGCCCCUAUGAGUAGCUCUUGUUCAUUUAUAUAUUGUCUAAGCCAUUGUGUUUUGGAUUCAAAUCUGUGCUAGGUUCUUCAGUGUGCUCUCCAGUGGUACCAGUGGUUGCCAGAGUAUGUGAGGUGGUGGUUAAUGGUGCCAGGCUUUUGCUAGAUUGUGACUACACAAAACACCAGUUUUUGACUUCAGUGACAAAGACCUUAACUGACUGGCAUAUGCUCGACUGACCUUGAACCUCUAAACUGUACAGGUGGAGCCACAGUUAGCAUGUGGGAGAAGCUGAACUUACAUUAUGUACACCUUUGCUUGACUGAAAAUGCUGAAUAAAGGGGAAAAUACUGUGCAGCAGCCUGCAAAAUAUGCAAGUGGCCAUGAGUACAGCCCUCUGACGAAUAUCUAAGCACAGUAAUAAACAUGUACUCAUUUGGAGACUAGAAUCACUACUUGUGUUAACAUGAUAUAUUUCAGAAGGGUAUAUAAUAUAAGAACUGUAAUAUCUUCAACAGUUAAAUUCCUGGCCUCCUUAAACUGCUUCCUGGAGAAGCGAUUUAAUGGUUUGUUACCUCUUCUGUCUCUCUUUUCUUUCCUCCCUGGACAGACAUGAGAACAAUUGAGAACACCCAGUACAGAGCUAGAAACUGACAGUGUGUGCUUGUUUCACUGCAUUCAGGUUUGGCUACACUAAUACUAGGCAGCGAGGCUGCUUGCAAACCAGCUGCAGUUCAGCAUUUGUCAUGAAGACAGCCCUUGGUUUCAUUCAGAAUGAAUCAUUCAAGAAGAUGUAUUGUGUUGGUAUUGCCCAUUAUAAUCUCCUCAAAGGACAAGUGAAAUGUUCAGUUGUCCUUAUGUUUCAUUUUUUGAUAUCAUACAGCAUUACCAAGUUUUCUUAAUAUGCAGAUGUCAAAGGAAGGAGCUUUUAUAUGGUGGUUUCCAUGAGUGUUCGGGUUGGAGUUACCACAGUCCACACUGAGUUAAGCUGAUGAUGCAAAUACAGCUUUCCCUCAAGUAUUUUAACAAACUCCUAAUUUGAAAAAGGCUGAGUAAGGUCUUAUCCCUUCUCAACCAGUGAGGAUCUUGUCUCUCCUGUGUGCAGGACUCCGGUCAUGCAGGAAGCUGAAUUUAAGAGUGUGCCUCUGUCUGAGGAGUGUCUAAUGGCUGAAAUUCCCCGGUACAGAGGCAUGAAGAGUGCUGCAGAUGUAGUUGGAUAUUAAGAAGUCCUGUAAAUUUUCCUAUGAAAACUGUUUUGCUGAGUUGAGUCAGUGCUGUUGGAGAUGCUGUGUGUACAUAUUCCCUGUGCUGAUAACACAUGAAGAGAGCCUUCUGACCCAUGCUAGAGCUCAAGUUAUCACAGCAAGACACAGGAGAGUGGCAGAAGCCUGCUCCAAGGUGCUAAAUAGGAGAUAACCUCCAUUAGGUUUGAAGCUGUCAAGAUGUCUCAUUGGUUUGGUGUCAUGUACCCACAAGAAACUCGAAAGAAAAAAUGCUUAUAAGUGUUAGGAUUUGCUUGAAGUGAUACCAGUGCAGUAGCUCUCAUUUUUGGCAUACUUCUGCUCUGGAAAGUGGUUUUUUUUCUCUUUUAAAUAGCCAGUUGUAGAAAUUUAGAGGCAUCUGGUGCAGUUCAACCAGUCAGAAUUAGAAUUCCUUAUGCAAAAAAUGAGUCUCAUGUGGAUAGUGUGUUCUUUGGAUUUAGUAUCUGGCAGUAGAAAACCCUGUUACAGACUAGUUCCUAGGACUGUAAUAAAAGCUUGGAGAUCAUGAUUUGCCUGACAGCUGUAUGAACACAUUGUUUAAUUAUACAACAACACUUGAAAAUGACAAUAUUGAAGACAUGUAUGCAGCAUUUGGGAUUUAGUCUCCUUGUGCUGUUUAUAUUUGCAGCUUUUUGCUUCAGAAAGGUGUGGGACCAGAAGCUAAUGCAUGUUUACACUCUUGGAGCAAGGGCACAUUGAAAUGCUAAACAGAAGUUGCCAUGAUGUACAGAUGGAGUCUGGGUGGAGUGAAUGUGUUGAUAAAAUAGUGCAUUUAUUGGGGGGAAAGGAGAGAGCACCCUCUUGCCUCCCAAAUAAACCCCAUAGAAAUGAAUCCUGAACAAACCCUGUGUCGCUCCAGGCCACGUUAAAGCGGACUGUGGUGUCAUCAAACUAAAACUGAGCUUAGCUGUCACUGGGAGUGGAAGGUGCUGGUGGGGUUGAGCCAGGCUGGGCUGCCAGUGCUGCCUGAGGCCUUCCCGUGUAAGCGGGUCCUUAAAUCCUAUGGCUUGUGGUGGUUUCCAGCCACUGUCAUCUUGGAGCACAUCAGUGACUUUAGUGGUAACUUCAGGAGGUUCAUCUACCUCGAGAUGGGAUGGGGAAGGCGCUGCCAAGCGGGUCAAGUUGAGCCACCGCUGCCAGUGGUGGCACUGCUGAGGUGGUGUGGAUAUGUCAUGUUCUAGUCUUUCAAGGCAGGGAUUCAAGUCAAUCAUGCACAUAGAAAAUAAACCCACCAUGUUCUGCCGUUGCAGGUAGCUAAAUGCUAGAGGAAGGGAGAAAACAGGUUUCCAUGGGCAGGUGGCCCAUCUGCAAGUAUCAAGUUUCUUUUACUGCUUACUAUGCAAUGUAGAGCUUUGGAUUUUUGAUUUUACUUUACGUUUGAGAGGAACACUCUCCUUACUCAGUAUUUAGGAACUGAAUACUCUCCCAGUCUCCCUGACAUGCAUGUAACAGGUAAGGAUACCUAUUUGCUGCUAUGGACUUUACUUACCUUCCAGAUUUAUCACCUUCCCUUUAUCUGGAACGACCAGACACAGUUUCACUCUAAACACAUCCCUUUUGGAUAGUUGUUCUUCUCUCACUGCCCUCUCACCCUUCCUACCUGCUGGAGUGCUCUAUUACUGUAUAUAAACCCCCCCCUUUCCACUGGGCUGUUAAAAAGCUGUGGCUCAAACACAGGCUUCUUGCUUUCCUUUCACUGAAAGAUUCCCUGUUAUGACAGGUCCAGUUUCCUUCACUGCUGAUACCAGUUGUUUCUUUCCAAGCUGCACUAUUAAAACCACUAGCAGUUUUAUGGAUGCCCUCAUCAUACCCUGGAUAUCUUCUCUUCUAGGAUGAGACUAAUAUUGGUUAUUUUAAGUGUUAAAUCUUUUGAUUUUCCUGCUCUCCAACUCCCUAAAGUGUUCAUAGAGUAUUGUAUUUUUAGGGGAAAUUAAUUUUUAUAGCCACUAAACUAUACUCAUUAUUUUUGUACAUUUGCAACUUGGAACAUUUUCCAGAGAUGUGUUGCUGAGGAAACAUUUAUUUCCAAGGCUUGUGGUACUACUUGGCUACACUGUGGUGGUGUUAUUUAGUACCUAGAGGCACAUGUGCCAUGCACAAGAGAGGAGAAGGCAAUAAAGUGAAUGAGGUUUCAAUAAAAGGCCGUUUUUGAAGGCAAAAAAGAAAUUGGAGAUGAUGAAAGCAACACUAACCUUUUCUCCUCUUUUAGAAUCCUGAAAUAGAUGGGGUAAAAUGUGUUGUAAAUUAUAGAGUGCAAGAUGAGAACCCUUACUGUGAGCUAACCGUGCCAAUACCGCUUCCGCUGGUAGUCACUGAUCAAUAUCUUAGUUUUAAAUAAGAACAGCUUUUAAUUACAAAGGAAACAAAUUGAAUGUCUGAAAAUCUGCGCCAUGUUUAUUUGAGAGUUGUAAAUAUUGUAUACAGAUUGUUGUAUGUGAUGGGACAGAAUAUUUAAAUCCUAGCUUUUUUUUCAAUGACAAGCUGAAGGCUGUUUAUAAGAGAAAAUAAAUAGCUAUGUUUGACCAUGA